CGUGGUCAAAUUUACCGUCACAUCCGGUUCUGCUGUUUUGUUUAUAUAUCGGAUCCAUGUGGACUGUCGUUUCAGACGAGCUAAAAAAUAUAAACCCAUGCAAGGAUAUAUCGACUGUCACUGUCAUAUAUCUGCCGAGGAUUUUGACAGCGACAUUGAUGAUGUUAUUCAGGAGUCUAAAAAGGCCGGGCUUGUUGCCCUUCUUGCAGUAGCAGAGCAUGCUGGUGAAUUUGAGAAAAUUAUACAGCUCUCACAAAGGUUCCCAGGAUUUGUUAUGCCAUGUCUUGGAGUUCAUCCUGUCCAAGAUCCAGCACAACCCAGGGGUGCCUUACCUGAGGAUCUAGACGCGGCAUUACCACUGAUCGACAAAUACAAAGAGCACAUUGUGGCUAUUGGUGAGGUCGGUCUGGAUUUCACACCACGUGUAGUCAACAAUGAUGCUGGGAAAGAUGGUCAGAGACAGGUGCUCAUUCGACAGGCUGAGAUCGCAAAACAGUUGAAUCUGCCUCUGAAUGUACACUCAAGAUCUGCUGGAAGACCAACCAUCCAUCUUCUGAAGGAGUUGGGUGUAGAGAAUGCACUUCUUCAUGCAUUUGACGGAAAACCUUCAGUUGCGAUGGAGGGUGUAAAAGCUGGUUAUUUUUUCUCAAUACCUCCAUCCAUUGUCAGAAGUGAUCAGAAGCAGAAGCUGGUGAAGCAGGUUCCUCUGGAGAGCAUGUGUUUAGAGACGGAUUCUCCUGCACUCGGGCCUGAAAAACAGGUGAGGAAUGUACCAAGGAAUAUCAGCAUCAGUGCAGAAUAUAUUGCCAAAAUCAAAGGUGUUCCCUUGGAGAAGGUCGUGGAAGUCACUACCCAGAAUGCCCUGCGUCUCUUCCCCAAAUUAAAAACAUUUAUCAAAGCUUGACAUUAAAAGGUCUUCUGCAAAGCUGCUGUUUUUAACAAACGUGUUUUGUUGUGCAACAAACUGUGAUCAAGAAUUUUUUUAAUAGAGCAUGCUGGGUUUGUUCCUUUCAAUUUUGAGCACAGUGCUUGAUAAAUAAUAUACUGACAAAUGUCACCGCUUGUCUAAAAAUAGAUAAAACAUUGCUUUUUGAACACAUCUUUAUCAUGUCAUUGUGUCAUGCACAGAAUGUGUGCCGAAAAAAUAUAUGUGACCUUGGACCACAAAACCAGCAAGUGUCAAUUUUUCAAAAUUGAGAUUUCUACAUCAUCUGAAAGCUGAAUAAAUAAUCUUUCCAUUGAUGUAUGGUUUGUUAGGAUCAGACAAUAUUUGGCUGAGAUACAACUAUUUGAAAAUCUGGAAUCUGAGGGUGCAAAAAAAUCAAAAUACUGAGAAAAUCACCUUUAAAGUUGUCCAAAUGAAGUUCUUAGCUAUGCAUAUUACUGAUCAAAAAUUAAGUUUUGAUAUAUUUACAGUAGGACAUUCACUAAAUAUCUUCAUGGAACAUGAUCUUUACUUAAUAUCCUAAUGAUUUUUGGCAUAAAAGAAAAAAUGAUAAUUUUGACUUAUACAAUGUAUUUUUGGCUAUUUCUAAAAAUAUAUCCCAGCGACUUAAGACUGGUUUUGUGGUCCAGGGU